GGCAUUGGUGUCACUAUACGGUUACACGGACAGUUUCCUGCCAAGUGCAGAAUGGGUCAGAAACGGUUAUCCAGCGAGUUUAUCAGAGCUGCCGGUGGCCAGGACCUUGUGCCAACUUAGUGAGUUACAGGACUCUCAUCAGGCCCACGUACAAAAUGUCCUACCGAACUGUGACCACUCUGGAGUGGAGGUGCUGUCCUGGCUUCACGGGGAGCAACUGUGAAGAGGAAUGCAUGAACUGCACGAGACUAGCAGAUAUGACCGAGAGGCUAAACACGCUUGAGGCCAAGAUCCUUCUGCUCGAGGCUGCGGAGCGAAGCCCACCAUUGGAAAACAACCUGCCGAUCACUGGGACGACAGCCACGUGGUACGAUGAUUUGCUACCAGAUGCCUUUCCUCUGCUGAAUCCUGGGACUGUCCUGAGAAAAACAGUGGGAUCUGUCGGUAAGCCUAACCUGCUCUUUACCAAAUCGCCCAGCCGACGUACACGAUUCCUGUAG